AGGAGGCAGAAGAGGAGGAAGAGGAGGAGGAAGAGGAGAGCGCGUUGCGCCGGGCACAGCUGUGCGCUCCCCGCGCCCUCAGGAUGAAGAUGGUCAGUGUCCUGCUGGUUUCACUCUGGCUGUCCAUGGUCACCCUCGGCAGAGGCUCAGAGCGCUGCGAUGACUGGGGUGUGGACACCAUGAAGCAGAUCCAGAUUUAUGAUGGGGAACCUGCCAGGAUCAAAUGCCCACUUUUUGAGACCUUCUUGAAGUACAACUAUAGCACAGCCCAUUCUGCUGGCUUAACCCUGAUCUGGUACAGGAUCGCGCAGGACCGGGAUCUGGAGGAGCCCAUUAAUUAUCGCCUCCCUGACAAUCACAUCAGUAAGGACAAAGACACCCUUUGGUUCUGGCCUGCUCUUCUCAAUGACACUGGGAAUUACACCUGCAUGCUCAGGAACACAACCUACUGCAGCAAAGUUGCUUUUCCCUUGGAAGUUGUUCCAAAAGACCAGCACUCUUGUGUGAGCCAUUCCAUAAAACCCACAGAGGAAAUGUUCUACUUGGAGCAUGCCAAUCAGAAGAUCACAUGUCCAGAUAUUGAUGGGUUUUACCCUGCCAGUGUGACACCAACUGUCAAGUGGUACCUGAACUGCAACUCGGUGGAUGGCUUCUAUGAGCGAUAUCCCCAGGGGCCCAGGCUUGUCAUUGGCAUUGUCCGCAGUGCCUAUAAAGGGAAUUACACUUGCAUUGUGACAUUCAAGGACCACGGAAGAACCUAUAAUCUCACCAGAACCAUAAAGAUGAAGGUGGUGGGAUCUCCAAACAAGGCCUUGCCACCACAGUUCACGUCUCCAAAUGAGAAGGUUGUGUAUGAACUGGAAGCAGGUGAUGACCUUAUCCUGCCCUGUGAGGUUUUCUUCACUUUCCUGAAGGACUCCCGGACUGAGGUGUGGUGGACCAUAGAUGGGAGAAACACAGAUGACAUCACAGACCCCAAGAUAAAAGUCACACAAAGUGAAAUUACUAGAGAUUUUGAAGACAAAACUCUGGUAAGGACUCUAACAGUUGCAAAGGCCACAGCGGAGGAGCUGAAGCGGAAUUACACCUGCCACGCCAGGAACGCCAAAGGCGAGGAGCGCAGCCAGGCCGUGGUGCGCGUGAAAGUUGUAGCACCCAAGUACACUGUGGAGCUGGCCUGUGGCCUGGGGGCCACCAUCCUGCUCGUUGUGGUGCUCAUAGUCAUCUAUCACGUGUAUUGGCUUGAAAUGGUCCUCUUCUAUCGGGCUCAUUUUGGAACAGAUGAAACCAUUCUAGACGGGAAGGAGUACGAUGUGUACGUGUCCUACGCGCGCAACGCGGAGGAGGAGGAGUUUGUGCUGCUGACGCUGCGCGGAGUCCUGGAGAACGAGUUCGGGUACAAGCUGUGUAUCUUCGACAGAGACAGCCUCCCUGGGGGAAAUACCACUGAAGCCGUGUUCGACUUCAUCCAGAGGAGCCGCAGGAUGAUCGUGGUCCUGAGUCCUGACUACCUGACAGAGAAGAGCAUCAGCCUUCUGGAGUUCAAGCUGGGCAUCAUGUGCCAGAAUGCCAUAGCCACCAAGCUCAUCGUGGUGGAGUACAGGCCGCUGCAGUGCACCCACCCCAGCAUCCUCCAGCUGAAGGAAUCUGUCUCCUUCGUCACCUGGAAGGGGGAGAAGUCCAAGCGCUCCGGCUCCCAGUUCUGGAAGGCGCUGCGGCUCGCCCUGCCGCUGCGCAGCCUGAGCGCCAGCGCCGGCUGGAACGAGAGCUGCUCCUCCCAGUCCGACAUCAGCCUGGACCCCGUCCAGAGGAGAAGGAGCCGCUUGAAAGGGCAGCCCGACCCACGGGGUGCCACUCCUGUGACUCUCACUCACGGAGGGACGGCCUCGGCCUCCGAGUCAAAGGCCAAACAGCGAGCCAAGCGCUUCCUGACGUGCCGGUGUUGUGGGACCUCCUGCAAUGGCAGCAGCAGACACAAGCACCAGGCCGUGGCUGAGCCCAGGUGGGACAGUCACCUCUGCAACCCGGGCUCGGGCAGGCCGCCGGCACAGGGCCUUCAGGGCAGGGCACGAGCCGAGCCGCCGGCGGCACAGGGCCCCGCUCUCGCCCUCUGCCAUUACAGUGACCUGUCAAACAACAAUGACUUCUACGUGCUCUAACCCACAGGCCGAAGCACUGCUGGUGCUGGGCCACUGGAAGAAACUCACUGUGGCCUCAGGGUAUUUUUCCCAUGUCACAGGCUGGCACGGUGCCAUUAAGUGUCAGUGCCAGGCCUGCAUGGAGGACUGCAGCAAUUCCACUGCUGGUGACCUGAGCCAGGGGCCUGCGGCCAUGCACAGAGCAGCAGCUGGGGGCUUCCUACCUGGGUGCUUCUCCUGAGUUUAAAUUACAAAAGUGGAGCUGAAAAUGCGUUUCUCUGGCC